AUGGCGCAUCAGGCAGAUGCUACUCGCAUGCUCGAUGACCGCGGCUACACGGGCACCCUGAUUCGCGGCCAGAACCCACUCCUCCUCUUCGAAAAAGCCGUUCGCGAUCGCAUUAUCGACUCGUACUACUGGAAAGAACAAUGUUUCGGUCUCAAUGCCGCCACCCUCUGCGACCGCGCCAUCGAUCUCUCCUUUAUCGGCGGUACCUACGGCAUCGGCCAAAAACCUACUCCCUUCCUCUGCCUGGCUUUCAAACUCCUCCAGCUCACGCCAGAAAAAGAAAUCAUCUUGCACUACCUGCAGCAAGAUGACUGGAAAUAUUUGAGAGCCUUGGCCGCGUUCUAUAUUCGUCUAGCCUGGGAGCCUAAGGAUAUCUACGAGACGUUGGAAAUGUAUUUGAGCGAUUACAGAAAACUGAAGAGGAGGACGAGGGAUGCGUAUGCUUUGAGCCAUGUGGAUCAAUUCAUCGAUGACUUGCUUACGAAAGACCGCGUUUGCGCCACCUCACUCUGGAAGAUGCCAACUCGUACACAACUAGAAGAUCUCGACGUGCUCGAGCCACGCGUCAGUCCCUUGGGAGAUGAGAUUGAUGAAUUGGAUGCAGAAGAUGAAGAUAUGAAAAACACAAGUGACGGCGGGGUUGAGGAAUUACGAGAGGAGAAGGAGCAGGAGCAGAAGUUACGAUCAAUACGACAAACGAAGCAGGAGUCGCAGCUUCGAGAGAAGGAGAAGCUAUAG